AUGCUUGGGGCAAGCGCUGAACAGUCACCUUCCUCUGGACGUUCCGAAAGCAGAAGUAGUCAGUUUUCUGCACCCAGACGCUCUCGCGCCAAACACCCCGGCGCCCGGAAGAGGGCGGUCUAUGUGGAGGAGGCAUGCGUAUCUUGCAAAAGCCGAAAGAUUCGCUGUGACGGUAGACUGCCCUGCACGCCAUGCGACCGGCGGUCAUUUGAUUGUCGAUAUGCCAAAAGUCAUGAUCAGGAUCCACGUGGCGUCAAUGGGCAGUCGAGCGCAACAUCAGAACGCCGGAAUCCGAAAUCUUCAAGCCAAGUUGGGCUCUCCGAGCUAAUAGGCAUUGUUACUCAGCUGCAGAGGAAGAUUGCUGUCCUUGAACAGCAGCAGCAUGAGUCGGCCAGCGAGGAAACCACCGAACAACACUUCGUUGAAGACGGGAGUGGACCCAGUCAGAACAAUCAAAGCAUCAUUCAAAUGCCAUCGCCUGUUUUUGCAGGUCCUACCAGCGCAGAUUUCAGCUUCCGCGUUGCCCAAAUUUUUCUUCAGCAAGAGAGUGGCACUCAGCCAGAAAGAUCAUGGGGAAAUGCAGAGUUGGCAGCAUCAGUCAGCUCUAAUGACGAUGGAGACAACUCUGCACAACUGCCACUCACGGCAGUCUCGUCAUCUUUACAUGGGCUGAAACUGCAAGAUACCCUUCGACUGAUUCAAAUUUACCACGAAUCGGUGGAAAUGUUGCAUCCGCUGGUAGAUACAGAGUCCUUACAGCGGAUGGCCACCUCGCUCUUCGCGGUUGAGAGCCAUACUGCAUCCACUGAAUUGUCAGCAGCCAUAGAUAUUGCGCAUCUGAAGAUGGCUAUUUCAAUCGGCUUGCUCGCCGAAGGCGGAGGUAGCAGCGCUGUAGCCAGAAAAAUCCACAACGAUCUGAUCCCUGUCAUCACCAACCAUAUAGUAGGAAGUACUUUCACCUUGGGAGGCCAAAUCCUUUUCCUUCUCACAGACGAUUCUCGCCUCGCCUCUCGUUAUGUGGUCGUUGCGUCACGCAUAAUGGUCGAAUCUGGGUUACACUUGAAAGACAUACGCCGUCAAUACUUUCCUUCAGAACCUGAACACGCAAGAGUACUUGUUGUACUUUGCACCUGCAUCUACCUCGAUCGUCAACUGAACUUCAACGCCGGUCUGCCUUUAAGUCUGAAGGACACUGAGAUUGACAUCCCUGAAAUGGAUACGAUGCCUCCAUAUUUGAAAGCAAUGACCACUUACAUGAGGAUGGGUCCAAGAGCUUGGGCUGCUGUGACAGAUGAGCGUGGCCAACUAAAAGGCAGGAUCAACAAUGAAGAUUACGAAUUCGUAAACUGGCAAGUAUCCCGCUGGGAGGAGAGUCUACCCAGGGAACUUCGCAUCCGACGAGACAGCCCCGUGGUCGACCAGAUCGACCCUCAAGCGCCGCUGGAUCGAGGCCCUCUGCUGCUACAAUUCGUGCUGUACUUGCGUGCGAAUCAGUUCAGGAUUGUCAUUAUGCGACCGCUGUUAUUUUCCACGCAAACAUUCAACACAAACGUUGCACAGGUGAAGGAUAUGACUCGGCUGGCAAACGAUACCAUCGAGAUGAUAGUCACAGCAGACGGGACAUACGGGUUGUACGCUACCCAGCAGCCACUUUUCAACCUCUUUCUGUCAUCCGCACUAUCUACACUUCUCCUUAUCUACGUUCACGGUUCUCCGGCUCAUGGGCCGGCGCCAGAUCUCGACUGUCUCCCUGCAAUGGACAAGACCGUGCAACAAGGGAUAGAAAAGGGUCUGAAACUGCUGCGAGAAUACUCGCUGUCGCGCUCAUCGCAGCGCCUGUCUAAGAAAAUCGCCAGCUUAUUACAACGCCUCGGGUUCUCGUUAUCAGGGUUUGACAAGCCUACCAGAAUCAGAGACACGCAUUUUGAUCCCUUGCUGGGAGACAAUCGUGUCGUGAUGAACUCUGAACAGCCGUCACAAGACAUAUGCCCUCCACAGGACUUUUCUGGCUGGAAUUGGACCAGUGUAACUGGGUACGAUGGCGUGACCAGUGGUGGCCCAUUUCAAUAUCCGGGCUCCAACAAUCAUGGUUUCUCGGCUCUUGCGCCCGCGGAUCUGAAUCAGCUGCCUUUCUCGCAAGGAGCAAACCAGUUCAACAGCGAUAUACUCCUGAGCUUCAUGAAUGAUUUUUCGAAUUGA